AUGACCGACAAGAUUCGCGUGGGUAUCAUCGGGGCCAACGCCAACUACGGCUGGAGCAAGCGGGCCCACCUGCCGGCGCUCUUGGGGAUGGACGACUUCGAGUUGACCGCCGUCUGCACUUCCCGCCCCGAAACUGCCGAGGAAUCAAAGGCUUUCUACGGAGCGAAACUGGCCUUCCACGACUACACGGAAAUGGCCAACCAUCCCGAUGUCGACCUCGUGGUGGUCUCGGUGAGCGUACCGGCACACCACGGCAUGGUCACCGCGGGCCUGAACGCUGGCAAGCACGUCUUCUGCGAAUGGCCUCUGGGUGCCAACACCGACGAAGCGGUCGAACUCACCAGCCUCGCCCACGACAAGGGAGUCCGCACGCUCAUCGGCCUGCAAGCCCGCGCGGCCCCGGACUGCUGCGCCUCAGGGAACUCGUGGCGGAAGGCUACGUGGGCGAGAUGCUUUCCUGCAACAUGA